AGAGGAAGUAUGGGUGGAAAGCUGCUAGCGUCCCUGUUGUUCCUUUUGAUCAUCCUGAAGGUGUUUGGAUCAACCGACCCGGACUGCGACAUAUCUGAAGAUGGUUCUACUGUUACCUGCCGGAACGAGAACCUCACCAGUGUUGCUCAGACCAUGCUGGCAAACCUGCCAGCAGGCCUGGCAGCAGGCAUCACCCACCUUGAUUUUCGGCAAAAUAUAAUGCCCACAACAUUAGAUCGGUCUUUUUUGUCACAUGCACGUACACAGUUUGUUAGCUUGGUACAUCUAGAGCUAGCAUUCAAUGGUAUUGCCAAAAUCAAUAGAAACGCAUUCUAUAACUUGCCAGAUCUGACAUAUUUGGGUCUUUCUGAGAACCGCCUAUCCAACCUUAGUGCUGACAUGUUUACAGGGCUGGGAAACUUACAGGACCUUAGGCUGCACAGUAAUGACAUCAGUUAUAUUCAGGCUGGAACUUUCAAUUCAACACCACAACUGACCUCCUUGCACCUUCACAUGAACGAGUUACAGAACCUCAGAUCUGGCAUGUUCACAGGGCUGGGAAACUUGCAGGAGCUUACGCUGUACAGUAAUGACAUCAGUGAUAUUCAGGCUGGAACUUUCAAUUCAACACCACAACUGACCCUCUUGCGACUGGUUGAGAACAAAUUAGCAAACCUCAGAUCUGACAUGUUCACAGGGCUGGGAAACUUGCAGUGGCUUGAGCUGCAACAUAAUGUGAUAGACAACAUUCAGCCUGGAACUUUCAAGUCAACACCACAACUGACAGACUUGUGGCUGUAUGAUAACAAGUUAACAAACCUCAGAUCUGACAUGUUCACAGGGCUGGGAAACUUGCAGGAACUUUACCUGUACAAUAAUGAGAUCAGUGAUAUUCAGGCUGGAACUUUCAAUUCAACACCGCAACUGACAGACUUGAGGCUGUAUGAUAACAAGUUAACAAACCUCAGAUCUGACAUGUUCACAGGGCUUAGAAACUUGCAGGAACUUUACCUGUACAAUAAUGAGAUCAGUGAUAUUCAGGCUGGAACUUUCAAUUCAACACCACAACUGACAGACUUGAGGCUGUAUGAUAACAAGUUAACAAACCUCAGAUCUGACAUGUUCACAGGGCUGGGAAACUUGCAGGAGCUUACGCUGUACAGUAAUGACAUCAGUGAUAUUCAGGCUGGAACUUUCAAUUCAACACCACAACUGCCAGACUUGAGGCUGUAUAAUAACAAGUUAACAAACCUCACAUCUGGCAUGUUUACAGGGCUGGGAAACUUGCAGACACUUGAGCUGUACAAUAAUGAGAUCAGUGAUAUUCAGGGUAGAACUUUCAAUUCAACACCACAACUGACAGACUUGAGGCUGGCUGGGAAACUUGCAGACAUUUGA